GAACCUCGAAGCUCAAUUGAGCUCGGAGCUCUCACAGCAAUCGACGACGACAACAACGAGAACAGCUUCAGCUGGUAACUACGGGCCCACUUGGCGUGAUUAGGCAACCGGUCAGCAAGCCAAUUGACAUUGCAUUCAGCCCAGCCAGACAGGAAGAGGAAGAAAACCACAAGACAAUGUCAACAUCCCCCCGCUUCUGGGCAACGCCCAUCCGGUACCUGCGCUGGGCCUCGCGCGAGCGGCCCGCCUACUUCUGGUCCGUGGCCAUCGGCGCGUGCGGGCCCCUGACACUGGCCAUCGUGCCACCGGUACGGCGGUGGCUGGGCGACGAAGACGCGCCGCCCAUUCCGCUGACAUAUCCGGUUCCCACCGGACCGAGAAAGAAACUUACGGGGUACGGCGAUGAGACGGAACCAUAA